GCAAAAAUUGGAAGGAUAUUUGUAAUCAGCUAAAAAAUAUCAUAGCAUCUUAGAACUACCUAUUUCUCCGUACAUGAAUAGUAUACUAAGCCUAAAAUGGCCUGUGUUGUCUAAGAAUUUUACAAAAUAAGAAUUUAAGUCGUUUCAGUCUGGAACAAUGGAUAAAAAGAGACUUAGAGUAAUAUAAACGUUUACUUAUCUGAAAAUCGCUCAAUGGCCCAGCCCAAAAAUAUUCUAAAAUCAAAAUGAAAGUAUAUAUAGCAGUUUUGAAAGUUUAUUCGACUAUUGUCUUUGAGAAUAAAGAAUUUCAACCCCAGUUUUACGAUAUUUUGAUGCGAGUUCGAAGAAGAAUCGCAAAGGAACUAUUAGCCUUUGAAAAUAAUGCCCGAGAAGACUUAACUGAUGCUGUUUUAAAGCAUGUAUAUCAAGAAAACCAUAAUCAUGAACGAAAAUCGAGAGCAGUGAGAGUUAAACUAAACGAAUCAAAAAUUUUGUUCAUUAUACCUUAUAAUGCCAAUGAAAAAUUGAAUGAAGAUACCACACGUGAUACAAUAUUUUAUAGACUUUCCGACAUGAGAUCGGAAAUCGAAAAUGAGGAUACAGUAGCCUGUUUAAGAGCCAUAUCAAACUGGCUUGGAGAAAAGCAUAAAAUCGAGGGAUAUUUGCAACUCUUCUUUACUAAGCUGGGAAAAAGCAAAGUCAUUGACUCUUAUUAUCCCAAUACUGACACAGAAGUCUAUAAACUAGCAGAAAAAGAUAAAAGCGAUAUUGUUGUUGAAAACUUACUUUUUUCCCAGCGUUCUAAUUUUGUUCCAAAACCAAAUAUGGUGGUUAUUAACGAACAUUGGCUCAAGGACAGAUCAAAUGGUCCAAAAUCACUACUACUAAGUUCAGCCCCUAGAAGCCUUGACUCGGAUUGGUUGAUCCAAUAUCCUCUACACAAGUAUGCAGCUGAGGGAGAUGUCGGCGGUUUAAAAGCAUUAAUUGCCACUAAUGAAUAUUCUAUUAUGCAAUACGAUUCCGAAGGACUUUUACCUAUUCAUUAUGCUUCUUGCUACGGACAAAUGGCGGCUUUUUCUUAUUUAUUAAAUGAUUGCAAGUGCCCUCCAAAUGUAACAACUAAAAAUGAGUCAACUUUAUUGCAUUAUGCCGCAUCAAAUGGCCAUAGUAUGAUUAUUGAAUUGCUACUAAAUCAUCCAGAAGUCGAUGCUUAUAAAAUGGAUAAACGAGAGAAAACCGCUCUUGAUCUUUGCUCCAAUUCUCCCCUUCCAACCGCUCAAAAGUGUGCAGAACUUCUUAGGAAAGCUAUGAAAAAACCAGCACCUAAAAUCCAAAUUAACUUAACCGAUGGAACAUUUAGAAUGUUACCAAUGACUUCUGGCUCCAAUACAACUGUAGAAGACCUAAAUAAACAAAUGAUUCGCGAAUUAAAUAUAUCAGAAGAGUGUGGAUCUUUAUUUACAGUUUGGAUUUGUUCACCCAGUUUACAGUUGCAGUUGAAAAAAGAUCAUAAACCUAUUCAACAUUUAAACGACUGGAAGAGAAGAAUUGUAUCCAUAUUGACCGACUCGAAACCAGUUAACGAAGAACCACAACUCUGGUGGAGAAAGGAUGUUGUUAAGUCAAUAGAAUAUGAACGGAAAACCUUAGAAGAGCAUAUGGAUAAAACAGUCACUGAACUAAUUUUCUCUGAGGCUUAUUAUAAUUAUAUAAAUUCAUUUUAUCCUUGCUCUGAGCAAGAUUCUGUUAUACUAGGAGGUUUGUAUCUGUAUCUAGCAAAGGGUCCAUACGAAUCAAAGGCUUCUAAGCAAUUUUUUCAAAAUGAAAGAAAUCUACAGACGCUUGUUCCGUCUAUUAAUCUUGUUAAAAAGAAUGUCAAUUGGGUUGCAAGAAUUCAAGAACAAUAUAAAGUCUAUACAAAAAGUAUGCAUGGGAAAGAUAGAUCACCAAUUAUCGUUCAAAUGCAUUUCCUUACCUUUUGCUGGAAUUUAAUUGUUUAUGGAUCGGCUUUUUUCACUGGAUUUCUUAACAUAAGGUCAUCAAAAUUUCCAGUAAAAGUAACAAUUGGUGUCAAUGACGUGGGUACACACAUUUUACAAUUUCAGAACAAGACAUUACUUCAUAGCUUCCUCUAUAAAGAUAUUACAUGGAAACAUAAAAAAGAAACCCCUUAUAUCGAAAUAACAAAAAAAGAAAAGUUAUCAUCGCCCUUCACAGUGUUAAGCAAACAAGCGGCCCUUAUUCAUCACCUAAUGAAUAAAAUGUCUGAAUCGAAAUAA